AUGUUGAGCCUCCUGCUUACUGCUCUAUACAUCUCAUUGGUCUUGUUUGUGACCCUUCAAUGUGGAAAAGCGGUACGGAAUACUAAAUUUUGUUAUGUUAUAGCGGUAACCUUUGGCGUUACCUUGGUGUUUUUAAGAAGAAAGCUCCUCCUCCAAAACCGGCUCCGGCCCCACCUCCGCCAGCUGCACCAAAGAAAGAAGAAUCCAAGAAGGAAAAGUCUAAGAAGGACAAAUCCAAGAAGGAGAAAUCCAAGAAGGACAAGUCCAAGAAAGAAGGAUCAAAGAAAUCCGUGAAGGACAAGAAGGGAGAAGAGAAGCCUGAAAAAGAAAAGAACGAAGAAAAGAAAGAGGAGGAGAAGAAAGAGGAUAAGGAAGAGAAAAAGGAGGUGGAAAAGAAAGAAGAGAAGAAAGAAGAAGAAAAGAAAGAGGAGGAGAAGAAAGAUGAAGAAAAGAAAGAGGAAGAAAAGAAGGAAGAUGAGAAGAAGGAGGACGAGAAAAAGGUAAGGUCAGAUAAAGUAAAGUUACUUGUGUAGGACGAGGAGAAGAAGGAUGGCAGCAAGAAGGAUGCAUCCAAAAAAGAUGGUUCCAAGAAAGACGCCAAAGGAGAUGAAAAGAAGGAAGAAUCCAAACAAGAUGGCUCCAAAAAAGAGGGUUCCAAGAAAGAGGGUUCCAAGAAAGAGGGUUCGAAGAAAGGUGGCUCGAAGAAAGACGAAGAAAAGAAGGAUGGAGAGGAAAAGAAGGAUGGAGAUGAAAAGAAGAACGAUGAAGACAAGAAGGAUGAUAACAACAAUGAAAAGAAGGAAGAGGGCGACAAGAAGGGUGAUGAGAAAAAGGCUGAUGAGAAAAAGGCUGAUGAGAAGAAGGCUGAUGAGAAGAAAGGGGAUGAGAAGAAGGGAGGUGGUAAGUUUUCAAAAUUUUAUAUUUGACGCAUUUUUAGUUUCUCUUGGUGAGCCGGAGCUCAAAUUCGAUAAGGAGGGAGGCAGUAAGAAGUUCAAAAUCAUCAAUGGCGAUGGUGAGAGAAAGGCCAUCAAGAUCAAGUGCUCGGACAACAACCUGUAUCGUGUGAAUCCGGUGUUUGCUUUCUGCCCGCCCAAUGGAGAGCUGGAGGUAGAAGUUGUGCGUCAGAAGGGCAAUGAAAAGCCUGAUAAGUUGGUCAUUCUCAGCACCAAAGUAAGGAGCAUUUCAGAUAUAUUAGAGCAGUUAAAACAAGUUAGAAUUUAUACUGGUUUAUGUUAAUUUGACUUUUUAUUUUUCUUUUUUCAGGCCGGCGAUGAUGACAAAGACCCUGCUCCUCUGUUCAAGAAGGGCGGAACCUUCCCUCAACUUAUCAUGCCCUUGGGAAUUUGA